GGGUCACGUGGCGGGUCGGCGGCGCCGGCGGUUGCUGUCACCUGAUUCUGGGAGCUGGUGGCAGCGGUAGCCGCGGCAAUGGACUUUCUCCUGGGAAAUCCGUUCAGCUCUCCGGUGGGACAACGGAUCGAGAAAGCUACAGAUGGCUCCCUGCAGAGCGAGGACUGGGCCCUCAACAUGGAAAUCUGUGACAUCAUCAACGAGACGGAGGAAGGCCCCAAAGAUGCCUUCCGAGCAGUGAAGAAGCGAAUUAUGGGGAAUAAGAAUUUCCAUGAGGUCAUGCUGGCCCUUACGGUCUUGGAAACAUGUGUUAAGAACUGUGGGCACCGCUUCCAUGUACUGGUGGCCAACCAGGACUUUGUAGAGAAUGUGCUGGUGAGGACCAUCCUGCCGAAGAACAAUCCACCCACCAUUGUGCAUGACAAGGUGUUGAACCUCAUCCAGUCCUGGGCUGACGCGUUCCGCAGCUCACCUGAUUUGACAGGUGUUGUUGCUGUCUACGAGGACCUGCGAAGGAAGGGCCUAGAAUUUCCCAUGACUGACCUGGACAUGCUGUCGCCCAUCCACACACCCCAGAGAACUGUAUUCAACUCAGAGACACCAUCCAGACAGAACUCUGUGAGUUCCAACACCAGUCAGCGUGGAGACCUGAGCCAGCAUGCCACCCCUCUGCCCACUCCAGCUGUUCUCCCGGGUGACUCACCCAUCACACCGACUCCUGAGCAGAUUGGGAAGCUGCGCAGUGAGCUGGAGAUGGUGAGCGGAAACGUGCGAGUGAUGUCAGAGAUGCUGACAGAGCUGGUGCCCACCCAGGUAGAGCCUGCAGACCUGGAGCUACUACAGGAACUGAACCGCACCUGCCGUGCCAUGCAGCAGCGGAUCCUGGAGCUUAUCCCACGCAUCUCCAAUGAGCAGCUGACGGAGGAGCUGCUCAUGAUCAACGACAACCUCAACAACGUGUUUCUGCGCCAUGAACGGUUUGAACGCUUCCGAACAGGCCAGACUGCUAAGGCCUCCAGUGAAGCUGAGCUAGCUACUGACCUGAUUGACAUGGGUCCUGACCCCGCAGCCACAAACAACCUCUCAUCUCAACUGGCAGGAAUGAACAAUCGACUGCUCAGCCUCAGUAAUCACUUCCUACUUGAAGAAGGAAAGAAGGAAUGGGCCCCUCUUCAAGACCUUGGCUCCAGAAGUGUGAGAGCUGGCCUGCAGUCUCUGGAGACCUCAGGUCACCUGGAAGAUGACUUUGACAUGUUUGCUCUGACUCGGGGCAGCUCACUGGCUGACCAACGGAAAGGGGUCAAAUAUGAAGCUCCCCAAACCACAGAUGGCCUGGCUGGGGCCCUAGAUGCCCGGCAGCAGAGCACCGGAGCGAUCCCAGCCACUCAGGCCCGCAUCAUGGAGGACAUUGAGCAGUGGCUGUCCACAGAUGUGGGGAACAGUGCUGAGGAGCCCUCUGGUGUCACCAGUGAAGAAUUUGACAAAUUUCUGGAAGAACGAGCCAAAGCUGCUGAUCGACUUCCCAACCUGGCCAGCCCUUCAGCCGAGGGACCCCCCAGACCAUCUCCUGGAACAGCCCCUCGGAGGAAGACCCAGGAGAAGGACGAUGACAUGCUGUUUGCCUUAUGAAUGCAGGGUCUGGCAUCCUGCAGCCCAGGGCCUGACACUCUCAUACCCACUGGGGCCCCUCCCUCCCUUGGUAUUAAAGCUGCUUGGGGGUGUUUUGUUACCCCGCUUCUCUUCUCCCAGAGCCUGGGCAGCAAGGGGGUCAACUGAAGGAAUAAGUCAGCCCUCCACUGGAAUCCUGGCUGGUCCUGCCUUCUUCCCAUCCUGCUAACGACUAUGAUUUUACUGAGACCUGGGGCCCCAGACAAGCUGACCUGAUAGGACCUAAUUGACCUGGUGUAAGGCUGCUUCUGUGAUAUUCCCCUGGUCCCUUCCCCAGAGAAUCCCACGGGAGCCCUCCAGACUCUACACUAACAGUCUAGGCAAUAGAGGAGACAUUACCACAGCCUUGCCUAUCCCAUCCCCCUGCAGAGUGGGGCCCGAAAAAAGCUUCAGUGGCUUUUGGGAUGGGCUAUGGUGGCCCCUGCUGAGCUGCCCACUGUCCUGGUACGAAACUGCACCCAUCGAGGAAACAUCUCACUGCCCAGGUGUCAAGAUGAGACCUCGAGGAUUCUGGGUACCCAGAGCUCCCCAGUUCCUCCACUGCCUUUCCCCUAUCCUUGCUCUGUACCUCCAGCAGGGCUCCACCCACCUGGGGCUCACCUGUUGAUUGGUCCUCAGGUACAGGGAGAGGUGCCUUUUGUAUCCCCAAAUAAAAGUAGAAAACCACCUGUCAGCAUG